AUGGCGUCCGAUUCCCCUUAUAGGAUCUCCGCGACGGAUCGAAGUGGUCUGAUCGUUAUUGUCGAGACGCUGUUUAUGUCAUGGAUGAUCAUUGUGGGAUUGAUCCGGUUGUAUAUGCGGAUUGCGAUCAAUGGACCCGUGCAGAUUGAUGAUCUGGCGUUGUUUGUCGGGAGUGGACUAGGUGUCGCCCAUGUAGGAACAAUAAUGGACGCCGUCAACCAUGGCCUAGGACGACCGCAAGAUGAAAGCUCGGUAUCAAGCUUGAAAAAAGCCGGAGAGGGUCUUUAUGCAGCAAACCUCUUGUUUCUAGCUGCCCACGGAGCCUCCAAAAUCUCCAUUUGCCUGCUAUUGAAACGCCUGGGCCGACAAGACAAAUACCUCCUCAGCUCGAAAAUUCUUCUGGCGGUGGUGGCAGCAUGGACAGUUGCUUCAUUUCUAGCCAUUGCUCUCAGUUGCCACCCAGAAAAUCUAUUGAUUGAAUCAGCUAUGGCGCAGGAAUGCGGUAACCUUAACCUAGCCUGGAAGACCAUCACAGCCUUCGAUGUGAUUACGGAAGUCCUCUCGUUUGGACUUAGUAUAUUCCUGGUCUGGGGUAUUCAGAUGCGGUGGAAGGAGAAGGCUACCGUGAUCUUUGCCUUUGGAACGAGGACGCCGACUAUUAUCUUAAUUAUCCUUCGUCAAGCCUAUCUCGACGACGCACUAUACCACCCCAAUCCAUCUCUUCUUCUAUCCAAAGCAACAAUUGCCACUGCCGUCCUCAUUCACUGCAGCCUCAUGGUCUCAACCGUACCGUGUCUAAAGCCAUUCGUGAUUGCUUUCAAUACAGGCUGGGGACAAGGUGUCACGAACAGCUAUGGCGAGAGCUCAUAUUUCACUCCGACUGGAAACAGCGGAUCUACCAAUCAUUCUCGAGUCUACACGACGAACCCAGGAGAUGCAGACGAGGACGAUGCGAUUGAGGGUGGGCGGGAUUCUCAGGAAAGCCAGCACUCGCGACAGCUGAUUAUUCACCAAACGCAGGAGUGGAUAGUGCAAGAGGAGUAUGAAAUGCAGGUGGUUAGGAACAGGAUUUGA